UGCAGUGUCGAGUUGACGAUGCGUAUGAUUCAGUAACUGUGCUCAGUUCGUUGGUUGUUUGGUUCGGCAUAGAAUGGAAGACGCGGGGGAGAGGCGAAAAAAGAAUCACGGUGUCCAGAGGCUGAUAUAACAGCUCGCGCAUACAUAUCUACUUUCUACAACACGCUCUGACCAACAGAAGCGCAAACCAUAAACCAAGAUUAUCUUCUUCUCCAAUGUAUAGACACCCAGCAAUCCCACCGCUCACCUGCAUCAUGUUAGAUCAUCACCCCAUCCCCUACCCUCUCACUCACCCACUCACUCACCCACCGCAAACACCCCCCAACAAAUCAGCCCACACAAGACCACAUCAAUCACCAACAGCCAGGCCAGUCGCCCGCAUUCGCGCCACGCCCAGACCCAAGCUGCCCGCUCCCGCGCCCCGCGGCAGAACCACGGCUCGCCCCCGCGCAUCGAGACAAGCCCGCCGAAUCGGGGAGCCGGGAGCGGAAAGCGAAUGGGGGAGGGGGAGCACGCCGCUAGGGCGCGGCAGGCACGGCCCCGCGGAGCUAGCAACAAGGUACUCGUACUCGUACAUAGGUAGCCAGCCAGCCAGCCAUGUAUGUAGCAGGCGGGUCCGGAGGAAGGCGGCGAUUAGGCGGCGUACCUGGGUGGUAGUGGAUGGGUGUCUUGGGCGUGCGUGCGUGUUUUGUUUGCGCGUCGCCCUGGUCCAGGCGGCUUGCGGGCGCAAGAGGGCACAGGGUACGUGAGCAGUGCCUCCCGGGCGGGACCCCCUUCUGCCUCGGCGGCCUGGUUGUUCUGCGCGCUUGGCUUGGCUGGCUGGCUGGCGGGCGGGCGGACUAGAUGGCGUGCUGCUGGUGAGCGGGCUGAGACGAUCGUCGUCGAUCACCUGCUUGUCUGCGCGCCUCGCCUCCACACACAACUCGCUCCCGUCUGUA